UUAGACCUGGUGUAGUGGUCUCAAACCUCUGAACUCAUCCGGAUACGUCGCGAACACCUUCCUGGCCUGGUCCUGUGGUCUGACUACCACUGCCAGACAGUGUUUACAUUCCAAGGACAAGUCACUGCAAACACAUUCUGCUUGGGGAUAUUCGCUAGCCCGAAGGUUCCCUUGUGUAUGUCCAAAGUCGAGUCAUGGGCUCGGCAAUCCCCAUGAAAAAGGAGUGAUUAUGAAGUCAUUAGGAGUGACACUCAAGUGUCUUUUAUGUGUAAAGCAAGUCUCUUAACUGAUCUGUUGUGCCACAGCUUUAGCUAAAGAAUUGAGGUGUAUAAUGGCCUCAUCUACAAAACAUUCUUCAGAUCAUGAAGAAGUCAUCCUACAAGGGCUGUUGGCUCACUUCUCCAACUUUAAUUAUGAUAAAGCUAAAGAGCAUGCUGAAAAGGAGCGUGAUACAAGUCGAUUUAGUGGAUCAACUGUGUGGCAGUCACUGCUCACCUGUGUAACCCAGCUAGCUGCUACAGAGAAACUGUACAUGAAUCUUUCCUUCCUUACGGCAAAAGGGUUUCUAAGGAAAGAGAGUUCUGUCCGUGCUAGUUAUGAAUUGCUCAAUGUGGAGUUAGGUGAACUGGGCACCGAAAAGAAAAAAACUGUCAGUAACAAUGGCAAUGCUUCAACAGGCGGACCAACAUCCUCAGGAAGUCCAGGCUGUGACGGUAUCCUUCGUCACUUGUGUUCACAUCUUGUGCUUUUUAUCAAGGCUCGGCUACAAAUGAUUGUGUUCUAUGAAAGACUGAUUGAGAUGUCAGUGUGUCGUUUGAUGAACUUUGAAGAGUUACUGUCUCAUUUGAUAGAUGUUAGCGCAAAGAACAGCCGAAACUUUCAUCAUCCUCUUUUGACUCCAAUUAAAACUGGUUUCACAUAUGAGUGUGAUAUUCUCAUACACUUAUUGAGAAGUCAGAUAGAGAUGCAAUGCUGGCGAUUCUUACCUUCUCUGCUCCACCUGCACGAUGCUCACUCGAAGCUCAACAGUUGGCACACACUUGUUCAGUCAAAAGAGACAAAGAAGUAUGGAUUUGGCUCAAGUUUCUUGAAGUCUUCUCCCCUGCCAGCCUUAUACCAGUGGUUUUGGCAAGCAAAAGCGGCAUUUGUUUCCAAGUUUUCUCUCUAUUUCCAUGAGACACUGGCAGCACAGAGCUCACCAGCAGACAUGAAGGCUCUUAUCUCCAGACAAGGACAAGCAUGUGAUUAUGUGUCAAAGAUUCAGAGCUUUCAGCGAAGGAGUGAUGCAGCGAGUGUGUGCUUGGUCUUCGAAGCUGCUGGUGUGGAGGACUACCAGGGUGCUGGCUAUCAUCAUCCUGAAGAGUCAAUGCCCCCUCCUAAAGGCCUGGAUAGUUAUCCUGCUAUCUUCACCUAUCCUCCUACCAAACCUAUGGACAGAUGGCCAAGCAUAGUUAUGCGCGUUUCAGAUCGCAGCAAUGAACAUGAUUUACUGGACCGUGUUGUGCAUUUUUAUGAUCAACAGGUUGGAUCAACUUACUUCUUGUGCCGAGUGGAACCCAGGAUAACUUUUGUUGCUGUAUUUGAUGCCAAAAAAUCAGAGAAGGAUAACUACAUCCGAGACUUUGUGUAUGACUUGGUAAUGCAGCUGAGGUGUAAUAAGGUAUUUGCAAACUUGAAGCCCAAAUAGUGUUAAGAUUAUCAUAUACCUUCAUGUACUCUACGGUAAUUAUGAUAUGGUUGGAAAACUCAAUUGUAUGAUUAAAAUUCGUGAUUUGUUCUUGUAAAGUUGUCUAUACAUG